AGUAAGACAUACACCAAACAACUCAUACACAAUAAGAAGCAAGGAAGACAUACAACAAGCAAUCUAUACACAAUGAAUAACGGCCAAUAGCAGGCCGGUGCACGUUCUCGGGGCACGCGCAGGGCGCGCUUACAAAGCCUGCUCAAGUGGUAUCUGAAUGAAAUGGGAGGAGCCAAGUGCGUGCUUAAGUAUCGUUUAAGAGAUUCCUUCACAUAUAAAAUAACACCAAUCAUUGGUAGUGGCAGAUGAGAGAAAUCUGAAGUUAGUGAAAGGUGAUAACCCGAGACGUGUAAAAGACAUCAAGAAUCAUGAGCAACAUGGUGUAUAUGCAACAUCAAGACAACAGAAUGCAGAGCAAUGCUAAUAUGAAUUUGAAUGUGACGCCAACAAAACAGAGGCAAUCCGGGCAAGUGCUGAUCCUAAACCGAUCUCCGCUUGGUGCAAUGACAAACAGUAGUGCACAUCCAGUUCUACCGGCGAAGAAGUUCCGCAGCGAACCGGUUGAGAUAUUACGAUGCAAAAGACGUCCAGACCUCGCUAAGAUGGGCUACCGAGUGAACCAACAAUCCGUACUACGACGUAACGAGAGGGAAAGAAAUCGUGUGAAAACAAUCAACUCAACUUUCCAAACUCUACGUCAGCAUCUCCCGGCUCCGUCUGGCAAGAGCAAGAAACUGAGCAAAGUAGAUACACUAAAAACUGCGAUAAAAUACAUCCAUCACCUCCAAGAUGUUCUGGAGUUGCAGGCAGAUAUGGACACCUCGGAGUCUCAAUGCAUGGACAAUAUGAACAAUAACACAAAUCAGGGGCACAUCACGUACCAAGACAAGAUGGCGAUGGUGACGACCUAUUCGACUUUACGUCACUGUUUUGAGAAGUGCAAACGCAGAUUACCAAAUGAUUCAAUGAUGAUCUCCACGCUCAUGCACCAAAGUGUAUUACCCAGAAUGCAACAUUCCCACAAGCAGACGAUGUGAUACAAAGAUGGAUAGGACUGACGGAAAAGUCUCAUAUCGGAGGAAUUGAUGGCGUUACCCGACUCAAAGUUGAAAAACUGGAAAAACAACAUCAUAGUGACUGGGGAAAGACUAUUCCAAAUAUAGUAUUAAGCUAGGUUCAGAAAGACUAAACGAUGUAAAUCAGGCAUCAACAUUGUUUUGCCGAACAAUUGUGAUCCUUUUCUUGGACGCUUCAAACAAUAUGGUUUCAAUAUUUGAUAUUUCACUUUUUUAUACUUCUAGGGCAUUAAAUGACAUUAAUUUAAAGUGCUCUUUUGUGCGAUUUUCUAUUCAGUCUUUUUUAGAGCUGUCUUUAGCGUGCAGCCGUUUAUUACAUAUAUAUCAACUAUUUAUGAUGGUGUUUUAUAUUUGCUCUAUAGUGCAAAACUCCUUUCUUUUUAUUUCUUUUUUUAGCAGAGUAGUAACAUAUCGAUGUACGCUAGAGUUCGCGUGUCAGAACCCAGCGUGCAACUUAGUACAAUGUCAAAGUGAAUAUGUUAUGGGAGGAAGAAUGUCUCUAAACUAUUCCUGUUGUAACUAUUUAAAAUAUAUAUAAUAAUGAAAUAUAAAUAAAAGUAUGCAUGUCUACAUGUUGCAGGUGUAUGUAUUGAACUGGUUAACCUAUGUGUAUUUGUUCCGACAUUAAAAGUUAAGUGAAUGUUUUUGUAGGCUGCCACGUAUCGGUAUUUGAAAGAAGUGUGUGCGAUGUAAGGUGGCACGCUUCAACAUCCCUGA